UCUCUUUCUAGAUUUUCAACAAUAAGAAUGCUGGCUGGAAAUGGUUCCUUUGUGACUGAGUUUGUUAUUGCUGGAUUAACAGAUCGUCCAGAGCUCCAGCUACCCCUCUUAUCCCUGUUUCUAAUGAUCUAUGUAGUCACCUUGGUGGGUAACUGUGGCUUAAUCACCCUUAUUGGUCUCAAUUCUCACCUGCAUACCCCCAUGUACUAUUUCCUCUUCAACCUCUCCUUCAUUGAUUUAUGUUACUCUUCUGUUUUUAGUCCCAAAAUGCUCAUGAACUUUGUCUCCAAGAAGAAUGUCAUCUCCUAUGUGGGAUGCAUGACUCAACUAUUUUUCUUUCUCUUUUUUGUCAUCUCAGAAUGCUACAUGUUGACAUCAAUGGCCUAUGAUCGCUAUGUGGCCAUCUGCAAUCCAUUGCUGUAUAAGGUUAACAUGUCCCCUCAGGUCUGUUCUGUGCUAUGUUUUGCUGCUUAUGGGAUGGGGUUUGCUGGAGCUUUUGCCCACACAGGUUGCAUGCUCAGACUGAAUUUUUGCAAUGCCAAUGUCAUCAACCAUUACUUGUGUGACAUACUUCCCCUCCUCCAACUUUCUUGUAGCAGCACUUAUGUUAAUGAGUUAGUAGUUUUAAUUGUUGUGAGUAUUAAUAUCACAGUUCCCAGUUUUACCAUCCUAAUCUCCUAUGUCUUCAUCAUCACAAACAUUCUGCACAUCAAAUCCAUUCAAGGAAGGAUAAAAGCCUUCAGUACCUGUAGCUCUCACAUCAUAGCUAUUUCUCUUUUCUUUGGGUCUGCAGCAUUCAUGUACCUAAAAUACUCUUCUCCUGGAUCUAUGGAAGAGGGAAAAAUUUCUUCUAUUUUCUACACUAAUGUUGGGCCAAUGCUCAAUCCUCUUAUCUACAGCUUGCGGAACAAGGAUGUCAAAGUGGCACUAAAGAGAAUCUUGAUUAAAUUCAGGAAGAGAGACAAAUUUUAA